AUGGAAAAUGAUUCCGGAUGGAUUAUCAACCUUGUCAUCGACAGUACACCCCUAAAUAGCCAACAGCAGCAGCAGCAACAACAAAACUAUCAUUAUCAUCAACAUACAAUCAAAAUUGUCAUCGUUGGUGAUGUACAAGUGGGCAAAACAUCAUUGAUACAACGUUUCAUUGCUAAUCAAUUGCCUGGUAUUUACAUUCCAACCGGAUUUGAUAAAUAUACGGCCACAUUUGAAGUUGGUGGCCAUCAUUUUCAUACAAAUAUUUGGGAUACAUCGGGUUCAUCUUCAUAUGAUGCAGUACGGCCAUUAGUUUAUGAUGAAACCAAUGUGUUUUUAAUAUGUUUCAAUCUUGGUGAUUGGUAUUCAUUGCAUAAUGUUGUACAAAAGUGGUAUCCAGAGAUACGAAAAUAUACCUCAAAAUCAGAUUUACCAAUCAUAUUGAUUGGCUGCCAAAAUGAUCAAAGAUUUAUUGAUGCUGAUCAUCAUCAUCAUCAUCAUCAUCAUAUUUAUGAAUCAUCAUCAACGACGACAACAACAUUACCGGCAAUUGUUGAUUUGAAUGAUGAUUGUAAACGAAAAAUUGUUUACACUGAAGAGGCAAUGGAAAUAUCCAGACAAAUUGGUUCAAUAACAUAUGUAGAGACUAGUUCAUAUAAUCCAAUCACUGUACGUGAAGCAUUCGAAGUAGCAGCAUUGUCGGCACAUGGAAAAUUAUUAACAUUCAAUAAUAAUUUAAGAUCAAUGAUGAUGAUGUCGCCUACCAUUUCGAAUGUACAAACAUCAUCACCAUUUUAUGAAUUAUCAUCACCAACAACAAGUAUUAAUAGUGAUGGUUCAUCAAAUCAUUCAUCAUCAAAUUUUGGUGGUGGUGGUGGUGGUGGUGGUCCGAAAUUAAAAACAUCCAGUUCAUCUACCCAUCUGACACGAAAUCGUUCAUUAUUUAAAUUACGUAAAUGUAAAAGUAAACAAGAUUUACAUCACCACCAUCAACAACAACAACAACAACAACAACAGCAACAUCGUACUCAUGGCAAUGGUGGUUUAAUAUCGAUGAUGAUGAAAAUUAAAAAUAAUAAUAAUGUUGAUAACAAUAAUGGCCAUCAUAAAAAAUCAUCAUCAAUAAUAUCCGGUUUAUCAUCAUCGAUUGGUGAUGAUAAUUAUAGUAACAGUACUAAUAGCUGUAGUAAUAGUGAAAUAUCGAAAAAAUCUUGUAUUAUCAUGUAAUUUGGAACACACACACACACACACAUUCUGUAUUUUGUCACCUUUUUUUUUAUUUUCGAUGUUGUGAUUCCAAUGAAUUUUUGUUUGUUUGUUUAAAUUCUCACAUUAAUGUGGUAUUUUGUAUAUAUUCAA